GGACGACGUCCUCGGGUAAUCCUUAGGCACUCUACGAGAUCUCCUAUGUGCCAUCUCCGCGUGGACACCGCACGAUCACGUUUUCGGACACCUGGGACUGCUGCACGCCGCCCGGACAAUCAUGGACGUUGACUGUCCGAUUGUUAGCCUGAAGCGAUCCAGUAGCGCGCCGAUGAUUAACGAGAUCAGCGCGACCAUGUCCGUUACCACGCCAUCGACGUCGUCGUCGAGGGAUUCUGCGUCGACUUAUAAUAUAUUCGCUAAUUCAACUCGUCUACGACGCUUUAGUACCAGUAGCCCUGGUAAUGUUCCUAGAUUGACACCACGUGUGAGUCAAUUGAGACAGGAGGAAUGCGUGGACGUUGCAGGCCGAGAAGCGGCACACGAGAAAGAAAUUCACAGUGCCAUGCAGAUAUCGCAGUCAUGGGAAGACCUCACUUUGGAGGCGGAAGGAUUGUCAUUUAAAGAUUCGGAGUCUCCCACGCAGCAGCUUAAUAAAAUGGAACGGCCAAAGAGGCUUUUGGAUCCCUUAAGUUUGAAUCUGUCUAUCACCGGCUCACCGCUGUGUUCUUCACCCUCCCCCACGAGAUCCGGAUUUAAUCAAAGACAAUGUUACUCUCCCGGUAUUCAUAUCUGGAAGAACAAUUUGUCUCCUAGUCCUACGAGAAAGGCGUUUGCCACGAGGCGCAGUUUGAGUCCUAUUGCGAUAAGGCCAAGCUGUUUGGGACCAGUCAAAAGGAAAUUUGAACUAGACGAAGCUGGAAUGGAUCAUUUACAACCGCCUGCGAAACGUACUUCCGGUUUACUGACGUCAGUUGCAUCCAGAUUGGAUGUACUGUCCAGCCCACUCCCAGGCACUAUCAGUUCCGUGGGCACGCCCGAAUCGUUAUCGAGCGUGGAUUCACCCAGUUUCUCUUUCCGGCCGGUGGACAGUCCGUCGCCGAUUCGCGUAGGUCCGAAUAGUGACAGCGACUCCCUAUCGGACGCGAGUAAUCAAAGCAAAUCGAUGGAUCAAGUUCGCGCCGACCAAAUUAGUCAGGACAAUCACAGAUGAACGUGAGAGAUUGUCUGACAUGCAAAAGCUCGGAGAUUCGACGUGUCACAUUGAACCUUCUUGGCAUAUCGAAUAUAAGGGAGAAGGUAUUCGGUGUCUCACACCGAAUCCAGAAAUCACGAGCAUAUCCUUCUCAUCGGCCUUCGUUAACAAAGGAAGGAUAGUCGUACAACAUAAAUUACUUGAAAUUUUAGUGCGACAUAACAUUUAAAAGAUAAGCAUCUCUAAAAGUGUCUCUUUCGAUGUACGAGUAAGCGUAGCGCCAACAGUGUUCUCUCUCUUUAAUUAUGCUAACCAUACAUAUCGGCGAAAGAAAGACGCUUUAUGUCCUCCCCCUUCCCUUUUCUGUAAUCUUAUCGUUCCAUUAGAUUUACUCCGGAGUGAAAUAUUGUACUCUCCGAGACUAGAAUGAUUUCUAUUUUCUUCUUUUUUUUAAGUAGCUAUAUACAAAUGAUUCUGUAUGUAUCAAUUAAUGUGUACACGAUAAUGCCCAUUUCCCCAAUCUAUUUGUUCUAUCUACCUUACUCGACCCUUGGCUCUUGUUAUCUAUUUUUAAUGUUUGAUAAGUGAUUUUUUUGGCAUUGGGUAAUUCUCUAUCCAGUGGCUGCAUAAUUUAUAAUUGAAACUAUUUGUUAUAUAAACGAUCAAAGUUGCGUAUUUAAUCGGCUCCGUAAUAUUGUACAGACACAAUUUAAUCAUCCUGAUGCCUUUAAUCUUUUUUAUUAUUUUCACCGAUAUAUCGCGAUGAGACUCGAGUUUUUAUCUUUGCGAGACGUUUGCGUUGAAUCGCAAUUUGAAUCUCCAGGUUCGUAUUCUUAGUGUAACAGCGUUAUGAUAGAAGUAGAAGAUUCCGAAAUUUUCCCUUAGAAUAGUAUGUUUAAAUGACGAUUACAUAAUAUAAAAAUAAUAUAUUUGAAAAAAGCGAGUGUAUAAAAAGAUACUCGUAAUCAUUCAAACAGGUCUCAGAGUCAUUUUUAAGGAAACGCUGUGGGAGUAUGCUACAUAUUCUCACGUUCAAAGAUCAAUAGUACGUUUGAUCUACUUUAUGAGAGGGAGAACCCGCAAACAUUGCCUGUUUUUCCGAGCUUUUGAACAUUGUCAGUUUGCCAGAAAACAUAUUUACGAUCGGAUGAAACUCGAGUAUCAACGCAUAUCAAGCAUUUAGUAAUGUACAUACACGCAAGAAUUGCUACUGUAACUCAUGAGAUAACGAUCUUGUCCUACGUAAAUAAUAAUGAUGAUAAUAAUAAUAAUAAUAAUAUAUAGACGCGUCUGUUUUAGAUUUCUCUGAUUAAUAUCGUACAAAUGGCUCUAUUUCUCUCUCUAGCGCUUUGCGAAUAACGACGUCAUGUAGACACUCCGCAAGAUCUUCCCUUUAUCUAAACCAAAGCAUAAAUAUUAAGUUGAAGCUCAUAUUAUAUUUAAUACUCUUAUCGUCCUUUCUUCUUCUUUCGUUUUCGGCGAGACGAAAUGUGCGAGAUCGAUCGAGAUCGUUUUUGCGCUUCCGACGAAAUGCAUCUCUGACCACUGCACAGUACGUUGUGAAACGUAUGCUUUUUUUAAGCUAGUGGAGCAUUCCAUGAGCGAUCUCGACCGAGUGUUACUUGAAAUAUAUGUUUUGUAUAAAUAUAUAUAAAUGUAGGGACAUUACAUGUAUCUGUAUGAAAUAUCAGGUUUCAGAAGAGAGAGAAAGAGAGUACAGUCAAUUGACGAUGCUACGAGAAUCUGACUGUGCCAGAAAAUAUUAUUAGUAUACGCAGAAAGGAUUGUUUAGAUCUUGUAUGCGUUUUAGCAUGUAUCUUUCGAACUUCCGCUCGCCUAUUAAAAUAAACUGAUGAUAGAUCAUGUCAUAUUUCAUUUUCACGCGAUGUGCGUUGAACGAUUUUUGUUACAUGUCCCAUGCGCGUAGACGUUAAUAAAAUCAUCCGUACAAAUUGUUUCAGUCGACUUUCGAAGUUCUUGGUACUUUUUCUAUUGCAUUGCGUUCCCCGCAAGACGCGGAUAUUGCAAAUAGAUUGUUGUGUGUAGUCUAUUUUUAAUAGAAAAUCGACGAUUCGUAAAAAUGUGAAUGUGAAAUGCUGUCUCUUGUAUAUGCCGAUUAUUAUAAAUUUUAGCGGAUAUAAUCGGAUGUGUAACAAAUCUCUAGCAAAAAAGUGGAUCUUUCCGAAACACGCUUAUGCUUCCUACAUCUAAGACUGAUAUCACGCUAGGCGUGUAUUAAAAAUGAAACUGUUCCUCCUCUCCCCCUACGUAUACUUUGAAUUUACAAUUAUGCCUCUCAAAUAUCUUUAUUAUAAAAUUUGUGCGUAAAGGAGGAUUAAAAGGUGCACUCGCGCAAUUUUGAGAGGAAUACACAGAAACAAAAAUUAUAGUGUCAAACUAAUCAUUGUCUCAUAUGUAAACAAGAAUAUAAAAUUUAAUUUAAAAAAUAUAAAAUUUAAUUAAACUGAUAAUUUUAAACUGUCUACUUGUUUUUUGCAUGAAGAAACUUUGUAUAGUUUUAUCAAGAAAAUAUAUUCAUUUUUAACAAUAACUUUCAUGAGUUGAAACGAAAAAAAAUAUUGGAAAUGAGUUCAGAAAAUUAGAAUCUUUUAAUACUAUUAUUAUCAAGACAAUUAUAUUGUGUUCUUUAACUAUAUUUAAUAUUCCCAUCAUUCUUUCUUCUUCUCUUAUACUAUAUUUCUCUGACCAUAUUGAAAUAUAAAAUCAUGUUUUGCUGAAAUUAAUUUUUUUUUUAUUUUAUAAAAUUUUACUUUCUUACAUAUGUGUGAGCCAAUGAUUGUUGCAAUGGUUUGAUAAUUUUUUUUUCUGUUUAUACAAUGUUUAUAUCAGCGAUGGUCUUAAUUCUUUGACUUUAUAGGAAUCAGAAGAAUUAAAAUAAUUUAAACAUCACAGGGUGUUUUAAACUAAUUAUUUUUUUGUCGAAAUAGAUGUUUUAAUUUAAAAUUUAAAGAAUUUAAUAUACUUCCUGUAUAACUUAUUUUUAUGUAAUACGCAUAAGAAAAAGUAAUACUGUAAUAUACAUGUUGACUAUGAGUGCGCUACAAGAUUCAUGUAAGUUCUCUAGUUGCGCAUUUCUUUAUAAGGAAAAUAUUUUUUUGUAGAAAAAGAAAAACGAAUUUGUUUAAAAUAAAAUUCGAUUCGCCG